CCUCCCCCGCGCGGUGGUUUCGCCCGGCGCCGCCUGGCCGGGCCGGGACGGGCUUUGUGCGCCCGGAGCCCCCGGGAGGGCUGCGGUCUCAGGCCGGACUGCGGACUCCGGAGGGAGGAGGACCCCGGCCCCCGCAGCGGGGUCUCCCGCGGACUUCGUUUCUCCAAGGCGCUGCAGGAGCUGAAGAUGACGAGCUCCGUGGCGGCCUACGAGCAGCUGGUGCGGCAGGUGGAGGCCUUGAAGGCCGAGAACCGUCACCUGCGGCAGGAGCUGAAGGACAACUCGAGCCACCUGUCCAAGCUGGAGACCGAGACGUCCGGCAUGAAGGAGGUGCUGAAGCAUUUGCAGGGUAAGCUGGAGCAGGAGGCCCGGGUGCUCGUGUCCUCAGGGCAGACGGAGGUGCUAGAGCAGCUGAAAGCCCUGCAAAUGGACAUCACCAGCCUGUACAACCUCAAGUUCCAGCCGCCAGCCCUGGGCCCCGAUCCCCCUGCCCGGAGCCCCGAGGGAAGCCCCCUUCACUGCUCCAAGGACGGCACGGGCGAGCUGAGCCGGGCCACCAUCCAGCUGCUGGAGGAGCUAGACCGGGAACGGUGCUUCCUGCUGAACGAGAUCGAGAAGGAAGAGAAGGAGAAGCUGUGGUACUACUCCCAGCUCCAGGGCCUGUCCAAGCGGCUGGACGAGCUGCCGCACGUGGAGACGCAGUUCUCGAUGCAGAUGGACCUGAUCCGGCAGCAGCUGGAGUUCGAGGCGCAGCACAUCCGCUCGCUCAUGGAGGAGCGCUUCGGCACCGCGGACGAGAUGGUGCAGCGCGCGCAGAUUCGCGCUUCCCGCCUGGAGCAGAUCGACAAGGAGCUGCUGGAGGCCCAGGACCGCGUGCAGCAGACGGAGCCCCAGGCCCUGCUGGCGGUGAAGCCGGUAUCGGUGGACGAGGACCCUGAGACGGAGGCCCCCACGCACCCUGACGAUGGCGGCCCCCAGCCCGGCAACAGCAAGGUGGAGGUGGUCUUUUGGCUGCUGUCCAUGCUGGCGACCCGCGACCAGGAGGAUACGGCGCGCACGCUGCUCGCCAUGUCCAGCUCGCCCGAGAGCUGCGUGGCCAUGCGUCGCUCGGGCUGCCUGCCGCUGCUGCUGCAGAUCCUGCACGGCGCCGAAGCGGGGGCCAGCGCCGGGGGUCGCUCGGGGUCCCCGGCGGCCCCGGGCGCCAAGGACGCGCGCAUGCGCGCCAACGCGGCGCUGCACAACAUCGUCUUCUCACAGCCGGACCAGGGCCUGGCGCGCAAGGAGAUGCGCGUCCUGCACGUGCUGGAGCAGAUCCGCGCCUACUGCGAAACCUGCUGGGACUGGCUGCAGGCGCGGGACGGCGGGCCCGAGGGCGGCGGCGCGGCCCCCGUCCCCAUCGAGCCACAGAUCUGCCAGGCCACCUGUGCCGUGAUGAAGCUGUCCUUCGACGAGGAGUACCGCCGUGCCAUGAAUGAGCUGGGCGGGCUGCAGGCUGUGGCCGAGCUCCUGCAGGUUGACUAUGAGAUGCACAAGGUGACACGGGACCCGCUCAACCUGGCCUUGCGCCGCUACGCGGGCAUGAUCCUCACCAACCUGACCUUCGGGGACGUUGCCAACAAGGCCGCGCUGUGUGCCCGCCGGGGCUGCAUGGAGGCCAUCGUGGCCCAGCUGGCAUCUGAGAGCGAGGAGCUCCACCAGGUUGUGUCCAGCAUCCUACGGAACCUGUCCUGGCGGGCCGACAUCAACAGCAAGAAGGUGCUGAGGGAGGUCGGCAGCGUCACGGCCCUCAUGCAGUGUGUCCUCCGGGCCUCCAAGGAGUCCACGCUGAAGGGCGUGCUCAGCGCCCUGUGGAACCUGUCGGCGCACAGCACGGAGAACAAGGCGGCCAUCUGCCAAGUGGACGGCGCCCUGGGCUUCCUGGUGAGCACGCUCACCUACAAGUGCCAGAGCAACUCGCUGGCCAUCAUCGAGAGCGGCGGCGGCAUCCUGCGCAACGUCUCCAGCCUGGUCGCCACGCGCGAGGACUACAGGCAGGUGCUGCGGGACCACAGCUGCCUGCAGACGCUGCUGCAGCACCUGACGUCGCACAGCCUGACCAUCGUGAGCAACGCGUGCGGCACGCUCUGGAACCUGUCGGCCCGCAGCGCGCGCGACCAGGAGCUGCUGUGGGAGCUGGGCGCCGUGGGCAUGCUGCGCAACCUCGUGCACUCGCGGCACAAGAUGAUCGCCAUGGGCAGCGCGGCCGCCCUGCGCAACCUGCUGGCGCACCGGCCCGCCAAGUGCCCCGCGGCCGCCGCCGCCGUCUCCCCGGGCACCUGCGCGCCCAGCCUCUACGUGCGCAAGCAGCGCGCGCUGGAGGCCGAGCUGGACGCCCGGCACCUGGCGCAGGCGCUCGGCCACCUGGGCGAGCGGGGCCGGCCCGGGCCCGAGCCCGAGCCCGAGGCCGCCGCCAAGAAGCCGCUGCCGCCACUGCGGCACCUGGACGCGCUGGCCCGGGACUACGCCUCGGACUCGGGCUGCUUCGACGACGACGACGCGCCCUCCCUGGCCACGGCCACCACCGAGCCGUCAGGCCCCGCUGCCCUCUCCCUCUUCCUGGGUAGCCCCUUCCUGCAUGGACAGGCGCUGGCCCGCACCCCGCCAGCCCGCCGCGGUCCCGAGCCAGAGAAGGUGAGGGACGCGGAGGAAGCAGUGGUGGCGGCCCAGGCCCAGGCCAAGCUGGCACUGGCAGUGGCUCGCAUUGACCGACUGGUGGAGGACAUCUCCACCCUGCACACCUCGUCUGACGACAGCUUCAGCCUCAGCUCCGGGGACCCCGGGCAGGAGGCGCCACGGGAGGGCCGCGCCCAGUCCUGCUCGCCCUGCCGGGGGCCCGAGGCGGGGCGGCGGGAGGUGGGCAGCCGGGCCCACCCGCUGCUGCGGCUCAAGGCGGCCCACGCCAGCCUCUCCAACGACAGCCUCAACAGCGGCAGCACCAGCGACGGCUACUGCCCACGCGAACACCUGCGGCCCUGCCCCCUGGCCGCGCUGGCUGAGCAGCGUGAGGACCCACUGGGGGCCCGGGCACGACCCAGCCGGCUGGACCUUGGGCUGGCUGGGGGCCCAGCUGAGCCCCCAGCCCUAGACGUGGCAGCCGCAGACGCCCACGUGCGCACCAUCAAGCUGUCACCCAGCUACCAGCACGUCCCGCUGCUUGAGGGCGUGGCUAGGAUGGGCACAGGACCCGCGGCCUCCACCGGCACCCGGAAGCAGGCCUGGCUGCCCACUGUGGGCCGAGGCAAGGGGCCCGAGAAGACGCCCGGGCCGCCGCCCACUGCAGGCAAGGACGUAUCACUCUGCCUGUCUCGCUGCAGCUCUCUCUCUUCCCUGUCCUCGGCUGGGCGCCCGGGACCUAGCGAGGCUGGGGACAUGGAUGACAGCGACUCGUCCCUGGAGGUGCUGGAGGCGGCCGGCCCAGGCGAGGCAGGGUUGGAAGGAGCAUGGCGGAGCCCGGGCGCCAGCUCGCUGCCCGUGGCCAUCCCAGCGCCCCGCAGGGGCCCCGGCCGGGGCUUGGGGGCUGAGGACGCCACCCCAUCCAGCUCAUCGGAGAACUAUGUGCAGGAGACACCACUGGUGCUCAGCCGCUGCAGCUCUGUCAGCUCGCUGGGCAGCUUUGAGAGUCCGUCCAUCGCCAGCUCCUUCGCCAGCGAGCCGUGCAGCGGGCUGGGCAGCGGCACGGUCAGCCCCAGCGAGCUGCCCGACAGCCCCGGGCAGACCAUGCCACCCAGCCGGGGCAAGACGCCGCCGGUGCCGGGCCCGGGUGAGCGCGAGACCAGCCAGUUCAGCCUGCAGUGGGAGAGCUACGUCAAGCGCUUCCUGGACAUCGCUGACUGCCGUGAGAGGUACCAGCCGCCGUCCGAGCUGGACGCGGGCAGCGUGCGCUUCACCGUGGAGAAGCCCGAUGAGAACUUCUCCUGCGCGUCCAGCCUGAGUGCACUGCCGCUGCACGAGCACUACGUCCAGAAGGACGUGGAGCUGCGGCAGCACUGGGGCACCAGCACCCCCAAAGGCCAGCUGGUGGGCUCAGGGGGUCUCGCUGCCCCUUACAGAAACAUCCAGCCAGUGGGAGGCUGGGAAAAGGUCAGAAGGGACACGGGGUAG